AUGCAACCCCCGAGCGAGGUUUCCGGGGAAACCCAUCCGGAGAAUACCCAGUCAAUCAUCACACGCUUCGAAAAGGCUGUCGAACAGUUUCCUGAUAGCCUAGCCGUCAUUUGCACCCAUCAACCGGCCAAUUUGUAUGGGUUCGAUAGCCUCACACCAACCAACACAGUCCAUGAGCAGCCUGGCUAUCUUCGUUGGUCGUACGGCACUCUCAGGCAAAGUGUCCAGCGACUGCAAGAAAGCCUGGCGGUGUACGGCCUGGUGAAUGACACGGUGUUCUUCGUCUUUUGUCAGAAUCAAGUGGAAUGUCUCAUUUGCACAUUGGCCUCAUAUACUCUCGGCUGGAUUCAUGUACCAAUCAGUCCGGAGCACUUGUGCAAUCCACAGGAGGUUCUCCAUAUGGUGAAAUCGGUCACCACGAGUAAGAACCCCGCUAAAAUUGUCGUUCUAGCGAACAAUGCAGAAACUGCUAGGCAAUUCGAUCGACUAGACCUCGGCUGCGAAAUGGUCAAGAUAUGCCUCGGCGGCGAUCAGGAAAACUGGAUUUCGUUUGAAUAUCUCAUCCAAAGCCUUGAUUCCGAAGAGUCCAAACUGGAAAGACCUGGCACUUGUCGAGAAGAGCUUUCUGUUUUCUUUACGAGUGGUACAACUUCACUUCCCAAAGGCUGUCUGGUCAAGGCAGCUCAGUGGUUCGAUAUGUUGGAGCCAUCUUUGAGUUUUCGCUCUGCUGGGCCCGGGGAUUUGGUCAAUGUUGCUGUCCCAAGCCAUCACGCUUUUGGCUACAUCUGCAUGACUAUUCCACUUCUACGCGGUGCUUGCGUGGUCCUAACCGGUCUCAAUUUCUCCCCCCAGAGUGUGGUCAAGACACUGGGCCUUGAAGCUUGUACUCAUGCAGCGUUGGUCCCCACCAUGAUACAUAGCCUGAUGCAGAUGCUUGAGGGAACAGACACCAAAUUUCAGAGCCUGAGAAGUGUGGUGUUCGCCGGAAUGGCUUUGAACUCGGACGUUGUGCAAAAGUGCCAGAAGUUCCUCGGCAUUUCGACAAUUGAAAACUUUUAUGGAAUGACGGAAGGUGCCUUCAUCUCCACUGGCCCCAUGGAAGAUUUGAGCACGAUGACGCAGGGUGAGGUUGUUUCCAUUGGAAAGCCUGUUCCUGGUGCACAAAUUCGCGUCUGUGGUCCCGAUGAUCGCUUGCCCGUGCCGAUAGGAGUUCCCGGUGUGCUCCAUUUUUCAGGUCAUUCGAUGAUUGACCAUUACCUGGACUGUGAAACAGAUAGCUUCUACGAAUCUGAUGGCCGUGUUUGGUUUGUGACUGGCGACCAGGCAUUUGUCGACCAAUCAAAGCAAUUAUAUAUCGUGGGAAGGCAGAAGGAUAUGAUCAUUCGUGGGGGAGAAAAUAUCGCGCCUUCAAAGAUUGAAACACUCCUGGCACAGUCACCUCAAUACCACGCUCUUGAUCCUCAGGUCAUAGCAGGUGACGACUUUAUCGCAGGUGAAGUCCCUGUGGUUGUGACCAGGCUAGCUACGAGCCAUGGCGUGGAGAAGAUGAUGCAAGAUACUAUACGUGAAAACUUGGGAAUUCUCUAUGUUCCCAGAACAUUCAUUUCACUAGAUUCUCUGAGCCUCGAUGACUACCCUCGCACCUCUUCUGGAAAAAUACAAAAGGCGAAACUGAGCGAAUUAGUGGCUGCCUACACGCGAUCUCAAGCAUCCCACGACACUGACAAAGAUGUUUCACCCCCAAAGCUCUAUCGUGAUAUUGUGGCUGUAUGGUCACGCGUGCUGGGUAUUCAAGCUUCGCAUCUUGAUGUUAAAGCCCCCAUAGCGCAGCUGGCUGACAGCAUUCUUAUGCUAAGUGCCCGGGAAAAGAUCAGAAAAGAGACGGGACUCAGUGUUCCGCUUCCACAGUGGCUUGCAAUUAACACGAUUGCAGAUCAGAUAAGCAUACUCGGAGAGAUCGGCACAGAGGACAUUGCGAAUGAACAUGCAAAAUUCGUCGAGGAGCUUCCUUCAGGUCCCCCAAAUGUGGAAGAUAUGGUCCACCUCGGAGGUGAUGAAGGCGGAUUUGGUACCACAAGAAAUGCGAUUGAGAAGAAAAUUGCGGCACAAGGCUUCUCUUGGGACGAUGUGGAAGACGUUUUUCCCUGCACAGAUUUUAUCCAAAUGAUCUGUCGGUCCCAAGUAGUCGACACCUGGAAUAUUCGAACCUCUAUUGUUUCUCAGAACGCAAGCGUGGAGGCAAUUAGGACAGCCCUUGAAGCCACUUUGAUCAAUAACCCUUUGAUGCUUUCGUAUAUCGUUGUGGAUGACGAAGCAUUGGGACGGGAACUUGGUCUUCAUGUCACUUUGCGGCGUAACAAAACAACACUUGAUCGAUGCAUUGUGGAUUAUGGUACAGUCGAAACCCUGCAGGACCUACGAUUCAUCACGAUGAAUUACCCUUUCAAGGACCAUGCGAUGUUGCCAGGGCCAUUGUUCCGUGCCCUCAUCGUGUUUGUUCGGGAAACCAAUUCUGCAGCUGUCGUCACCAAUGGUAAAUUCUCCUCCGUGUCUACUCGUUCUACAUUGCUGACAUAUAUGUAUCAAGUUGCCCACGCUGUAUUGGAUAUCACAUAUCACUCACUCUUUCACGAAGACCUCGAUCGUGCGCUGGGCUGUCAGCCACUUCAGCGUCAUUUGUCAUUUAAGGCCUGGGCCGACACAUAUCACACACUCCGAAAGUCUCCCGUAGCGGCUUCUGGUGCCAGAUUUCAUGCAAGAUAUCUACGUGAUCUGCAAGACCACAAGCAAGUCCUCUGGCCGCAUCCGACACAUCGGCUCGUCGUAUCCGCUGAACGUGCCAUGAUGGACGGACAUGUGAUAACUUUUGCCGCCCCUUCAUUUAUCCGCCUCCAACGGAAGCAUCCGAAACUGACAACGCCUAUCGUGCUCAAAGCGGCGCUUGCACUCAUGGUGAUUCUGCAUACGAACCACACACACGCGCUCUUUUUGAAUCUUGAAGCGGGCCGAUCAAAGUUUCCGUUUGUUCAUAAAACCUAUCCAUUCAUAGAUGCACCAGAUGCUGCCGAUGUGGCGGGCCCGACUUUUGGCGGAGUAUUGAAUUUGAUUGCCUACCAGCCAACGGAAACGGUGCUCGAAUAUCUGAUCAGGGUCCAGGAAGAACAGAGAAACCUGACAGAGCAUGCCCAGGUUCCUUGGCACGACCUUUCUCAACAAGUAGGGUGCUCAAUGGAAGAGCUCCUACCCGCUGUCGCAAACUCAUUGAUAUUCAACUGGAUGCCUGGCCUUGGGCCAGCUAUCCUUGGCGAAAAUCCAUAUCAGAAUAUGGCUGUGACACAAACCCAUAUCCGAACCAGACUGGGAAUGUUGGCUAGUGCCGGAGCUGGAGGGGUGGAUGGAAGCCAAAUUGUCAUCUUCCUGCAAGGCGCAUUGGCGAACAUGUCAUCGAUGUGGGUGGAACGCGCAGCCGAAGAAAUGAAGCAAAUUGCGCUGUGGUUGGCGGAAGAAACUUCGUUGCAGAUGCCCGUCAUGGAAUUUAUAAAGUCGGUUGGCGACGUUUGA